UAUUGUGGUGGUCUCCACCGGAUGUGGUGUACCGUGUCGUGGGUCGCGUGACGCUCGGCGGAGCCUGAAAGGGAGGCAGAGUUGAACAACGGGCGAGGAAAGGGAGGACAGCCGGCGCUACCGAGGGUCACAGGGAUGUACAGUAAACACAGGCAGAAAAAUGCCCAAAUUUCACCGGCAAGAUGUGGACGUCUCCUGGUUUUUCUUUCUCUGCUGUUGCUGAACGGUGCGCUGGAAAGAGCUCGCGGAGACACCGGAGAACAAGGACCGCGCGGGGGAAGGACGGUGACGGCACGGUGGCUUUCUCAAGGCCGAGUCAGGAGGGAGGUAGAGACCACAGCACAGGAGGAGUACCCAGUCACUGGGGAAAUAGUGCUCUCAUCCCACGACCUCCACCUGGUGCUACAAGUGCAACGUAAUCAGGACCUUCUGGGUCCAGACUUCACUGAGACCUACUACACAGCCGACGGGCAGCCAGUUACUGUGACCAACCACAAUUACACAAAUCACUGCUUCUACCAUGGCCAUGUUAGAGGACAUCCAGAUUCCUGGGUGGCUGUCAGCACAUGUUCGGGAGUCAGGGGCCUGGUAUCUCUGAAUUCCAGUGAGUCCUACUAUCUAGAGCCGCUCAUCGGUGGAAAAUCCAUCCACCACUCACUGCUGAGUGCCACAGAGCUGCCCAUUAAAGGUGGAAACUGCGGCCACGGCCAUCAAUUCAACCAUAUGUCCAACCUGCUCAGACCUUUUCACUCCAGGGUCAAGAGGAACACAUGGGGUACAACUAAGUACAUGGAGCUUUACAUUGUAGCAGACAACACACUGUUCAAACGGCAGAAUAAGGACUAUGACAAGACAAAGGCGAGGAUAAUGGAAAUUGCCAAUUAUGUGGAUAAGUUUUACAGGGCUCUGAACAUCCGUGUGCCUCUCAUUGGUCUGGAGGUUUGGACUGACAGAGAUCAGUGCAUCAUCACAGAGGAACCAAAUGCCACCCUCUGGUCUUUCCUGCAGUGGAGACAGAAACUGAAAUCUCGUAAAAAACAUGACAAUGCCCAGCUGCUCACUGGUGUGAUUUUCAAGGGGACAACUAUCGGGAUGGCACCUUUGGAGGGGAUGUGCAGCCUGGAAAACUCUGGAGGCAUCAACGUGGACCACUCGGAGCUCUCCAUCGGUGCCGCCGCCACCAUGGCCCACGAGAUCGGGCACAACUUCGGCAUGAGCCACGACCACGAGGGCUGCUGUGUGGAGGCCAGCGCCGAGCAGGGGGGCUGCAUGAUGGCUGCUGCCACAGGGCAUCCAUUCCCGCGAGUCUUCAGCCGCUGCAGCAAACGUGACCUGGACAGUUACUUCCAGAAGGGAGGAGGCAUGUGUCUCUACAACAUGCCCAACAUGAAGGACCUGGUGGGGGGCAAGAAGUGUGGCAACGGCUUUGUGGAGGACGGAGAAGAGUGCGAUUGUGGAGAACCAGAUGAAUGCUCCAACGACUGCUGCAACGCCAAUAACUGCACGUUGAAGGUGGGGGCUCAGUGUGCUCAUGGAGUGUGCUGCGAGGGCUGCAAGCUGAAGCAGGCGGGCACCAUGUGCAGGGGUCCAGCCGGGGCCUGCGACCUCCCCGAGUACUGCACCGGAGCUUCGCCCUACUGCCCCGCCAACGUCUACCUGCUGGACGGCUCCUCCUGCCAGUACGACCGGGCCUACUGCUACAACGGCAUGUGCCUCACCCACGAGCAGCAGUGCCUGCAGCUCUGGGGCAACGGAGCUCAACCAGCCCACGACGCCUGCUUCGAAGAUGUCAACGCAGCAGGAAACGCAUUUGGGAACUGUGGGAAAGAUGAACAUGGCGACUACAAGAAGUGUGACAAAAGUGAUGCUAAGUGUGGUAAGAUCCAGUGCCACAGUGCAGCCAAGAAGCCCAAAGGCACCAACGCCGUCUCCAUCGACACCACCAUCAACACCGGGGGCCGAGAGGUGAAGUGCCGCGGUACCUACGUUUACAGCACUCAGGACGGCCAGGGUGACCUGCCCGACCCCGGUCUCGUCAUGACCGGCACCAAGUGUGGAGAGGGCAAGGUGUGCAGAGACCGCAGAUGCCAAAAUGCCUCUUUUACUGAGCUGGAGACCUGCAUCGCACGCUGUCACGGCAACGGGGUGUGUAACAGCAACGGGAACUGCCACUGCAAGCGAGGUUGGGCUCCACCUUUCUGCGAGAAGCCCGGACUGGGUGGCAGCGUGGACAGCGGACCUGUCCACGAUGACAGUCAGGCGGGUCUGGUGGUGGGUCUGCUGUUUGCCUUCCUGGUGCUGCUGCCGGCUGUGCUGCUGCUCUUCUACUGCUACAGAGUCAGGACCUCCUACUACCACAAGUGGCUUUCGCAGAGAGAGAAGAAGAAGAGCAACAAGGCCGAGGCUUUGGCAGAUAAAGGGAAAAACGGCCAUCUGAAUCCUGCUUUUCACCUGAAGGUGGUGGGACCCAUCAACAAAGCCAGCAGCCACAAGGGGCUUCCUCACACCAGUAAAGAGGUCCUGCCUCUCAGACCAGGCCCAGUGCCCAGCAGCACCCAGCCAGUCAACAUUGUCCGACCUCUGAGACCUGCUCCAUCUCCUCAGGCUGGUCCCCGGGACCUCAAGGUGGUCCGACCACCUCUGCCAGCUGGCAAACCUCCCGCUGCCCCACCCAGGUCCCCCACGACCCCUCAGAGACUUACCCCCCCCAAGAAACCACUGCCCCUAAACCCGACACGCUCUCCGCUGCUAGUGUCUGAGUCCAGGCCGUCCCCCUUCGCUCCUCAGAGGCCCCUCCCCCUCAGUCCGGCGCGAGGAGCCUCCACCACCGUGAGCCCAACCCGGACCCCCGGCUCCAAGCCCUCCACGGGCCUGCUGGUCAUGAUGCCCCCAGCUGUUGGACCAAAACCUGUGGGCAAAGUCUCAGCCAUCCCCCCUCUCAGAGUCCUCAGACCAGUCCCAGGUGCCAAACCAAACACAGCCUCGCCUCCACCACGUAAAUGACGACCUCCGCCCCCCCGCCCUCCGAGGAGACGGCGGCUGACAGCCUAUUUGCACUAAAGAGUCUUCGGCUGGAGGACGGUCUGUGGUUUAUAAGAUCUGGUAUGUGUGACAGCAGAUACCAGGAGGACAAAGACGAAAUUAACAGCAGGCACACAGUGGAACAAACAGGAUUCGCACCAGUUCAGACUUUAAAUGACCCCCACACCUUGAUCCAGACCCCCCACCUCUUCCUUUCCCAGUGUGCUAGCAUAAACCACGACGACGCAGCAUUGCACGGAGGCCUUGCAGACUGAGACAGGUGUUGUUGCUGGCGUACGGUUACAUCUACCAAAUCAUUUUUUAGGAUUACUGGUUCUUUUUUAAAUAUCUGUUAAUGAUCAUGUUAAAGGAAAAAAAGCAUUUUUUAAUGAUCUUUGUUUACAGUUUGUUUGAUGUCAUGAUGUUUAUGAUUUGUGUUCUGUGCCAAAGAAGUCUCAUCAAUCGGGGUGUGUUCCAAUUCCUAGAAAAUCUUCUUCGGCUAAGGUCACCACAGGUCACCUCCUCCAUAUAUUUUUUUUUUUUUUCUAUUUUAUAAUUUAUUGUAUUAAAUGAGGAAUUUCUAAAGUGCAGAUGUGGAGAAGUCUUGCUCCAGAAGGAAGGAGAGCCAAUCACGCAGCAGCUUCUUAUCGACACUGUUUACAUGAUGGAGGACUUGAUGGAGGCUCCGGCUGGCGGGACACACCCCGACGCUCAUGUUUAGUUCUGAAUGUCAUUUGCUGUGUUAACUUUUGAUUGGAUAACAUAAAAUAUUUUUACAAAGUUA